AUGAAGAAAUAUUCAUGUUUAUUGGAGGGAACCACGUUUUCUGAUCGAAAUUCGGGGUUUGUAUUUACUAGUGAAUCGCCUGGUCCUUCUGAGAGCUUUAGUACAGAAUUACUCGCACAAUCUGCUUUGGAUAAAUACUCUGAUCAAAGUGAUUAUUCUUUUUCAGAUGACAGUAAUCAAUAUUCAUCACUUCUAAGUCAUGAGACACAUUUUAGUUGUCAAAUACCCUGUGAUACACAGCAAAGAACGGUUCGAGAUAGUGAUGAUCACAAAUCAAAGCUUAUAACACGGAAGGAAUGUUCUGGAGUUAGCAAUGUACUAUUAUCUCGUUGUCCAAGCUCACGUUCUAACUUGGCUAGAAAUCGUUUUGAAAGGACAGCAUCACUGAAACGUACUCCAGUAUUUUAUGAAAAACACACAGAUGACAGUGAAAAACGAAGAUCUGGUUCCUGUAACUUUGUGUCUGAUGGGAAAGGCCGUAAUAUUCUUUCUAGGCGGUAUGAGUGUCUAUGUUCCAUCUGUUUCAUUUCUCGUAUAUCAAAACCCGAAAAAUGUAAGACCAGAAGCACAAGAAAACAAAACAAAACUGUGUUAGACACAGAUUACCAUACUGUUAAUCUAAGAAGAAAAGUAUCAACCAAGCAAUUUACUACUACCGAUAGUACUAGUAAUGAACAAACAUAUAAUCGAUCAUCAUCUAAAGUUUCACCUCAUAGUGGGGGUUCACCUACCUCAGAUUUGUAUGAUAUAACAGAAUGCUUGAUCAGUGAAUGUGUUCGAGAUCAUUUAUUGAUCAAACCUGUGAUCUCUAAAAACGACCAUAACGUAACUAUAAGCUCAAAAAGUGAUGUGGUGAAUAACGCUAAAUGUCUACACAAUUCGAAUGAUAAACUGUCGGCAUGGGGAUGUUGGUUGUUAGAGAAAGAAAAACAAAGACGAGAACAAAAAAGAGAGUCAAAAAAGAAACAGAUUGAAGAAAUUCAAAAGAGGAAUCAGUUAUUGGUGCAAAAAAUAAAUCGUAGAAGGUUAGUUGAACAAAAAUGUAAAGAAUGGACUGAAGCAAAACAAAAAGAAAGAAUACAAAUUAAAAAACUUCGAGAGAUAGAGAAGAAAAAUGAAGAAUCAAAAAAAUUACAAGAAUUACUUGAACACACACAGAAAUCCAAAUUGAAAUAUCAAGAGUGGUGUAAAAAGAAAACUGAAGAAGAGUAUAAGAAAAUCGAUUAUAUCAAACAAAUUGAAUUCAAAAAACACAAAGCUAAUCAAACUCGUAAAGAAGCUUCAACUGUAGCCUAUGACCAUUGGUUAAAAUCGAUUGGUUGUAAGAAAUCCGCUUCACACUAUUCACAUGGAUAUUCUGAUGGAAAACUAAUAGACUAUUACGAUCGAACAGCCAAUCCCUCUCCAAGUUUUGUGAAUCCGAAUCCAUGGAUUAAUUCUACAGAUUUAACUCUACAGAGCUGA